ACGAUGUUGGGUCACCGUCGUACCGGUUACAUGAUGUUGCUCCUCUGCACUUUUUCUUUGUGGACUGAAAUGGUGACAUGUGGCUCCAGCUUCCUCAGUCCAACUCAGAGACCACAGAAUCGUGGUGACCGAAAGCCAACUCGAGUGGGACGGAGGACUGCAGAUGAACUCGAGCCUCCUCUUCCUCCUGAGGAUCAGAUCAUGGUGACCGCACCGUUCCAGCUGGCUGUGUCUCUCAGUGAGACAGAAUAUGAGGAUUACGGUCCUGUGCUGCAAAGGAUGCUACUGGAUGUUCUGGGUGAUCCACCAACUCUGGGUUAG